UAUGCUUUGCAUUCAUCGCCACCUUUUAUUUUCUUGCAUAGCAAGAUAUAUUUGGGCAGACACUCCAAUUCCCCAUUUGUAAGAGAACUCUGAGACCUAACUUUGUUAAAGAGAGAAAGUGAAUAACUUUUUUCAAAAGGGGGAAAAAGAUUGAAGAUGAGUAGCAUUACUUGUAGCUGUCAUUCUAAUUUGAUAUUGAAGAAUAGAGAAUCAAGAAUCAAUGGAGGAUCCCAUUUACAAUACAAUGGGCUUAAAGCAAUUGAAACUGUGCAAAUGCCAGCUAGCUCUGCUGCUUAUAAGACAAAAGCUGUAAAAUGUGGAAGAAUCAAGGCUAUGGCCUCUCCAAUUGUUUCAGCUCCCAAGAGAGAGAUAGACCCGAAGAAAAGGGUUGUCAUAACCGGAAUGGGCCUUGUUUCAGUCUUUGGAAGUGAUAUCCACAAUUUUUACAACAAACUUCUUGACGGACAGAGUGGAAUCAGUUUAAUAGAUAGAUUUGAUGCCUCAACUUACAUGGUUAGGUUCAGGGGACAGAUUCGUGAUUUCUCUUCCAAAGGCUAUAUAGACGGGAAGAAUGAUCGUCGUCUAGAUGACUGCUGGAGAUACGGUCUUGUUGCUGGAAAGAGAGCUCUCGAGGAUGCAAACCUUGGUCAACGAGUUCUUGAAACUAUGGACAAAACAAGGAUCGGUGUCUUGGUUGGGACUGGUGUGGGCGCUAUAACAGUUUUCAGCGACGGGGUGGAAACCUUGUUGCAAAGAGGAUACAAGAAAAUGAGUCCAUUUUUUGUUCCUUACAUAAUCACCAGCAUGGGAUCUGCACUGUUGGCUAUAGACACAGGACUAAUGGGACCUACUUACUCUAUCUCAACAGCUUGUGCAACCGCCAAUUACUGCUUCUAUGCGGCUGCAAAUCAUAUUAGAAGAGGCGAAGCAGAUAUUAUGGUAGCUGGUGGAACGGAAGCUACUUUAACGGCUACUUUAGUUGGUGGUUUCAUAGCUUGUCGGGCCUUGUCUCAAAGAAACGAUGAACACGAAAAGGCUUCGAGGCCAUGGGACACGGAUCGUGAUGGUUUUGUCAUUGGCGAAGGCUCUGGUGUCUUGGUCAUGGAAAGUUUGGAGCAUGCAUUGAAAAGAGGUGCUCCUAUCAUAGCAGAAUACUUGGGAGGUGCAGUCACUUGUGAUGCUCAUCACAUGACCGAUCCUCGGGCAGAUGGACUUGGAGUUUCGUCUUGCAUUGCUAAGAGUUUGGUAGAUGCGGGAGUUUCCCCAAAAGAGGUGAACUAUAUAAAUGCUCAUGCAACAUCAACCCGUGCUGGAGAUUUGGCUGAGGUCAAUGCCAUCAAGAAGGUCUUCAAGGAUACUUCAGAAUUGAAAAUGAACGGGACAAAGUCAAUGAUCGGUCAUGCACUAGGGGCUGCUGGUGGAAUUGAAGCCAUUGCAACCAUCAAGGCAAUCACAACCGGCUGGCUUCAUCCAACCAUCAAUCAAUAUAACUUAGAGCCUCAGGUUACAAUAGACACCGUUCCAAAUGUGAAAAAACAACACGAAGUCAAUGUCGGUAUCUCCAACUCAUUCGGAUUCGGGGGGCAUAAUUCAACGGUUGUUUUUGCACCCUACAAGCCUUGAGUAAAAGUUCAAGACAAGCAUUUUUCGGCUUAUUUUGGGAGAACUCAUAAUUUUCUUGAAGAUUACCGCAUCUAUAAUAUGCCACUUUCUGAAAUUUUAUUGAAAAUGUAAGCUAUGAAAUAUAGUUCAAAUCUUAGAGAGAUUGUGGUUUCCCCUAAAGCAAAUGUCAGAUUGAUGAAUAAGGAAUUAUUUCAGCUUCUAAAAGAUUGUAUCCUUAUCAAUAAACUUCUCAAUUAUUAUCAUCGAUGAUUUAGUUAUGCAACA